GAGCGCAGGAGACGGCGAAAAAUCGGAAAAUCAAUUAGUGAAUAAUACGAAAUCGGUGCAAGAUAAGUGCCCGUGUGAAAUUGCUUUUUCGGCGAUUGGUUUUUCAUCGAUUUUGCAGAGGAAAAACAGAUUUCAAGAGGCGCUCUGCCAUGUCGGACUACUUCGAGGAACUGGGACACGAGCCCACUGGGCCGGAGGGAGCCAAUGAUUUGGCCAGAAACUUCCGACGCCUCCAGGUGCUGGCCAUAAUGAACGGCAUCGACAUGGAGAUCGAGGUGCCGGAGGCCUCCAAGCGGGCGAUAGCAGAGCUCCCGGUCCACGAGAUUCUCGCCUCGGAGGUGGACGGGGACUUGGAGUGCUCCGUGUGCAAGGAGCCUGCUCAGGAGGGGGAGAAGUACAAGAUCCUUCCCUGCAAGCACGAGUUCCACGAGGAGUGCAUCCUGCUCUGGCUGAAGAAGACCAAUUCCUGUCCCCUGUGUCGCUAUGAGUUGGAAACGGAUGAUCCUGUGUACGAGGAGCUGCGAAGGUUCAAGCAGGACGAGGCUAACCGAAGGCAUCGCGAGAACACUAUUAUGGAUUCCAUGUUCGGAUAAUUCGGUGUUUUAAUUGAGCAAUGCAUAAAAACCAUUUUUGUAAAGCGGUUCUGGGUCAAAUUUUCAGUUUGUGAUGGAAUAAAGGCGUUUUUGGGGAAAUUAAAUAUUUCAAUGGAAAA